AUGGAAAUCGAAAGUGGCACACGUGUGUUUAGCGCCGUGGAGGCGAAGGAUGUUUGUGUACGACGGGACAGUGACGAGUCUGGAGAUGACAUACUGUCGGAGCAGAGCGGAAGCUCCCGUUUUCAUUCAGAGGAGGAGGGAGACAUCGCUCUCGACUCCUGCUCAUCAGAUGAAGAGUGGCAGCCUGAGACUCCUGUAGCUGGUAAACGGCCACACAGUGCAGCAUUCCAGGAGAGUAGCUCAGAGGAAUCUGAUGAGGAGCAUUGUCCUUCUACCCCCCAGACACCUCGCAGCAGAAGAUCAAGGGGAAGAGGCAGAGGAAGAGCUAGAGCCAAUAGCGAGCAAAGCUCUUCAUCUGCUCUCCCAGAAGAGAAGUGGUUGGAUGUCAGCGACCCUGACAUAACACCUGUCCAGCCUGUCUUCAGACCAGUUCAUACCCCUGGACCCAAACUCAUCCCGACAGCAGCAUACACAGCCCUCCAGCUCUUCCAGUUCUUUUUCACAAACUCUGUUCUCCAAACAAUAGUGACUAACACUAAUGAAUAUGGAAGAGCACACCACACAACAGCAUCCAACCCUUGGGCAGAUAUCACUCUCCAGGACAUGUUCUCAUUCAUGGCUCUGGUUAUUUACAUGGGGAUUGUGAAGUGCUCAGCCUUCCCUGACUACUGGAGAGGAGGCAGCUUGUACAGCCUGCCAUUUCCUUCAACCGUAAUGUCCAGAAAUAAAUUCAGGCGGAUCAACCAAUCCCUCCAUUUGAACAGCAGAGCAGAUGAUGCGGCCAAUGACGAACGGAGAGGCACACCAACUUAUGACCGCCUAUGCAAGAUAAAGCCCCUCUAUGAGGAGAUGCGAACUGCAUGCAAGCAGAAUUUUCACCCUGCGCAGGCAAUUGCAGUAGACGAGAGAAUGGUUGCUUCAAAGGCACGAAUUGGACUAAAGCAAUAUAUGAAGAACAAACCUGUGCGUUGGGGUUACAAGUUGUUUGUGCUUGCAGACUCAAAGAGUGGCUACACCUGGGACUUCUUUGUGUACCAAGGGAAGCAGGUGUCAAGUGAGAAGGGCCUUGGUUACAGGUCAGUGACCCAACUGCUGGACACCACGCUCCUAGGCACCGGUUAUAAGUUGUUUGUGGACAACUUUUACACAAGUCCUGCCCUCUUCCGUGAUCUGCUGAAGCAAAAGGUCUGGGCAUGUGGAACCAUCCGCACCAACGGGAGAGUCAACCACAUGAGCUCCAGAUCGCCACGUGGCAGUAUCCGCUGGAUAAGGAAAGACUCCCUUCUCUUUCUACAGUGGAAAGAUACAAGGGAUGUCUUCAUGUGCUCCACUUUUCACACGGCCCACGGACCUGACACUGUGAGCAGAAGGGUGAAGGGCGAAGAUGGCCAGUGGACCAAAAAAGACAUCCCUGUUCCUCCAGCAGUAAAAGAAUACAACCAAUACAUGGGAGGAGUGGACCUAUCUGAUGCCCUCAUCACUUACUACAAAGUCCUGCACAAAACCCGCAAGUGGUACAAGACAUUUUUCUACCAUUUUAUGGACAUUGCCACGGUGAACGCCUUCAUACUGCAUAAAGAGCUGGCCAUGGGGAAAGGUGGAAAACCCCUGACCCAGAAGGCCUUCAGGGAGACUCUGGCUGAGCAGCUGGCUCAGGUAGGCUCAGCCACCACAUCCACACCAGCACCAUCCGCACCUGCACCAUCAACAUCGGGCCCCUCGCAUCACAAACCAGUAUACAUCAGUGGCGACAGCUCAAAAGGCAGACUGAAAUGCAGGCAGUGCCAUUCAAAGACCCCUGUCAAGUGUGGGUCCUGCAACAUCCCUCUGUGCUUUGUGGCCAAUAGGGACUGUUACAAUGCCUGGCACAAUGCACAAGGACUGUAG